AUGGCGACGAGUGGAAGCAAGCGCAAACCGUUCCCAAACGAUCCGGAGAACUUCUGGGACGACACGCGCAUCUCGCUCGACCAGGCCACCCGCGGGUACAGGCUCGAAGACGAAUUCGGCGAAGAAUGGGAGUGGCUCGACGCGGUCAAGAAAUGGAGACCUGUGACGGAUGAAGCACUGUUCAAGCAGCAGCAACAGGCCUAUGGUGCGCAGGAUGUCGAAGACGAUGAGCCGGAGAAGGGUCCGAAGAAGCGCAAGGCCGCCGACGCUGAAGGGGGCAACGGCAAAACCAAGAAGCCCAAGGCUGAAGGCAAUCGCCCAGAGCGCAACAACGCAAUCUACGUCACCUCUCUUCCUGACGAUGUCACGAUUGAUGAGCUCAAGCAAGUCUUCUCCCGCUAUGGGGUCAUCUCCGAGAGCGCCGACACUGGGCAGCCGCGGAUCAAGCUCUACCUCGACGAUCAGGGCAAGCCCAAGGGUGAUGCUCUGGUUGUGUACUUCCGCCCUGAGUCUGUGCGCCUGGCCAUCGACAUGCUGGACGAGACUGACUUCCGCCUCGGCCUGCCCCUUGCCUCUGGACCAAUGCGCAUUCAGGAGGCCGAGAGUAGCUACAAGAACCAGAAGGAGCAGCCGCUAAAGAGCGAGCAGGCGAAGAAGAAGGGUACGGGCGCUAACAAGGACCGCGAGAAGCUCAUCAAGAAGAAUCAGGAGCUCAACAGCCGUCUCGCCGACUGGGACGAUGACGACCCCCAAACCAUCCCGGAGACAUCGAGCCGCUGGGACAAGGUCGUCGUCCUCAAGCACAUGUUCAUCCCAAGGGAGCUCGCCAAUGAUCCAACGGCCAUUCUCGACAUCAAGGAAGACAUCCGCGAAGAGUGUGAGAAGCUGGGUACCGUCACCAACGUUGUGCUCUACGACAAAGAGGAAGACGGCACUGUCACCGUGCGCUUCUCCAACGACACCGCUGCCAAGGAUGCUGUCAAGGAGUUCAACGGGCGCACUUUCGAUGGCAGAACCGUGUGGGCUUACAUCUACGACGGCAAGGAGAAGUUCUACAAGAGCAAGAAGCAGGAGGAGGAUGACGACAAGGACGAAGGGAAGCGUCUGGAGAGCUUCAGCAACUUCAUCGAGGGCAAGGAGUCCUGA